AGACGAGACGGAGGCCGCGGGCGCGUGAGGGUCGGCCCCUUGCUCCGCUCCCUGAAACCUGCCGGAUCGAGUCCCGCCGGGAGGCAGCGGGGCGCGCCUGAAACAAUGGAGGAGCUGAGCCAAGCGCUCGCUUUCAGCUUUGCUGUCUCCCAGGACCUCAACAGCACAGCAGCACCACACCCCCGGCUGGCACAGUACAAAUCCAAGUACAGCUCCUUGGAGCAGGCAGAGAGGCGACGGCAGCUCCUUGCAUUUCAGAAAACUAAGCGAUUGGAUUAUGUAAACCAUGCUAGGAGGCUGGCAGAGAAUGAUUGGACAGGCACUGAGGAGGAGGAAGAUAAGGAGAAGGAGGGGGCAGGUGCAGACAGUGCAGACAUGGAGAUGGAAGUUGGGACGAAGCUACCGAAACGCUACGCCAACCAGCUGAUGCUGUCUGAAUGGCUGAUUGACGUGCCCCCGGAUUUGGUACAGGAGUGGCUGCUGGUGGUGUGCCCUGUGGGGAAGAGGGCUCUUAUUGUGGCAUCUCAGGGCUCCACUGCAGCUUACACCAAAAGCGGUUUCUGUGUCAACCGAUUCCCUUCUCUUUUGCCAGGCGGGAAUCGCCAUACUUCGGCAACAGGGAAAGAAUAUACAAUCCUGGACUGCAUCUACAGCGAGGCCCAGCAGAUGUACUACAUCCUCGAUGUGAUGUGUUGGCGGGGACACCCUGUGUACGACUGCCAGACAGACUUCAGGUUCUAUUGGCUGCAUUCAAAAAUGCAGGAAGAGGAUGGCCUGGGAAAGAAAAGCCGUCUUAAUCCAUUUAAAUUUGUGGGACUGCAGAGUUAUUCCUGCACACCGGAAAGCCUGUGCAAGGUUCUGUCCACAGAUUUCCCCUUUGAGGUGGACGGGCUCCUCUUCUAUCACAAGGAAACUCAUUACAACCCUGGUAGCACCCCAUUAGUGGGCUGGCUCCGUCCGUACAUGGUGCCAGACAUCCUGGGCAUACCUGUCCCCCUCUGCCCACUAACGGCCAAGCCAGACUACGCGGGACUCCAGCUACAGCAGAUCGUGGAGCAUAAGAGGAGCCUACAGCAGGCUGCCGAGGAGGAUUCCUCCAGUGUCAGCACGGCUUCCCAGGACGGCCGCUAUGAACUGGAACACCUGUCCACACCAAAAGCAGAAGGCUUUCCCUUGGCUCUGAGGGACUCUGCGAGCAAGAUGGAGAAUUGAUAGGUAGCCCGGGGUGGCUGCUUUUCUAUGUUGUUCAGGAGAGCAAAAGAAACUAACAUGGGAGCAGCUCUGUUUCGACAGCACUUUGGGUAGAAGGGUGUCCACUUCCAUAAUAAUUCUCCAGGCAUCACAAGUUAUUUGGCUGAGGCCUGAGAUGUAAAUCCUAAUUGCUAGCAGCAGGGUUUGUUUAAAAGAAUUAAAGCUGUGGAGC